GCGUGUAACGAAAGAUGCAGAGUGUCCAGCAAGUUAUGUUAGCCGCUUUCCUCUUUGGAACUGCCCCGUCCUACGUCUUACGGACGCGACGUUGCAGCGUCUAGUUAAUGUUUUCAGCACUGUAGUGUUAUUCUGCGACGAUCGUUUAUUAACAUUUCGUAUCAAGGCUGUUUAAUAUUUUUCUACACUGGGGAGAAACAACGAUGAGAAAAAGGUCAAACGCUCCUGAUAUUAAAUGAUUCAUUACACUAGCUCUCAGUUCGAAGUUUUGAUCAAUUCUUACCAGUGGACGUUCGAUUCAACGUUGAAAUCUGCUAUCGAUUCGCAAUGUCGUAUAUAUUAAUUCUCAUAAUUCUUUGGCUUCUAAUCUACAAAGGAUACAAAUUCGUAACUGGCAAGCCACCAAAUACUCCGCCAGCUAUUCCCAGAAUUCCAAUUUGGGGAAGUUAUUGGUUUCUGCUUUGGGGUAAUUAUAAGUUUCCCUACAAAACGUUCGACUACUAUGCGAAGAAAUAUAAGACGAAAGUGCUGAGUUGUCAUCUGGGAGACUAUUUUGUUAUAGUAGCGCAGGACUCUUCGACGUGCAAGGAGCUCUUAAACAAAAAGGAGUUUGACGGCAGAAUAGUGGAUUCGGAUUACUUUAAGGCGAGAGCGUUUGGAAAACAGCUUGGAAUUUUUUUCGUGGAUGGUUCUUAUUGGCAAGAGCAAAGAAGAUUCGCUUUACGUCACAUGAGGGACUUCGGAUUUGGACGUCGACAGGAAAAAUGGGAAAACGAUGUAUUACACGAAGUGUCAAAGCUCAUUGAGAUUAUCAAUACUGGAGCACAUAAUGACGAAGAAAAGACAGUCUUGAGGUCUGGCACAUACCCUACAGCACUUUUCCCGGACAUCUUAUUUCAUAUAACAGCUGGCUCUAUUUGGGCAAUAAUCUCUGGCGAAAAAAUCGACCGUGAUGAUCAUGAACAAUUGAGAAGAAUAAGUCGUGCUGCCAUGACUUUACAAAGGAAUGCCGAUACUUUAGGAGGUGCGAUCCUGCAAACGCCUUGGCUUCGGCAUUUUGGAAAUAUUUUUGGUUACAAAAAAUUUAUAGAGGGAAACAAAGAAAUUACCGACUAUAUCAGGGAGUACGUGGAUGAGCGAGUCCUUCACGGUAUGGCAGCCCAUCGGGAAGACGACAGCUUCAUUGAUAGAUAUCUUCGGAAAAUCGAGGAUAAUAGGAAGAGAGGAAGUACCUCCAGCUUCUCAAGAGAUCAACUUUUAAUUUUACUAACAGAUUUCAUGUUUCCAUCACUUUCGGCGCUUCCAAGUAGUAUUGCCACCUGCAUAAAAUACAUGAUGCAUUUUCCAGAAGUGAAGAAAAAGGUCCAGGAUGAAAUCGACAGCAUUGUUGGUCCAGAUAGACUGCCAAUAUUGGAAGAUAGAAAAAUGCUUCCAUACACAGAGGCUACAAUCCGUGAACUUUUGCGAUAUGAAACUUCAACGCCACUCGGAGUUCCCCACGUAGCGACCGAGAAUACGUUAUUCUGUGGUUACAGCGUUCCGGCUAAUACCAUUAUGCUUACAAAUCUUGCAGCAAUGCACCACGAACCUGAGCUCUGGGGCGAUCCAUACCGAUUUAGACCAGAAAGAUUUCUUAACGCUAAUGGGGAACUUUAUAAGGAUCCAUCGCUUCCAUUUAGCGCAGGUCAUCGAGUGUGUGCCGGUGAAACUUUUUCAAGAUUCCUCUUUUUUCUUAUUUUCUCCGCUUUGAUGCAGAAUUAUGAUCCCUUGUUCGUUCCAGGCGAACCAAGUGCCCUCGACGAUAAUCAUUCCGGUUUGAUCGUAACGCCAAAAGACGCUUGGAUUCAAUUGAAACCACGCGCUUAAAAUUCAAUGUCAAAAUUUUUCUAAUCUACUGCUUCGCGCCUCUUCUCAUAUUCGUGUAACAUUUGCGUUGGUUUUGUACUAUCGAUAGAGGGAAGAGUGGGCUGCUUUCAUCCGAAAUCAUUGGUUUUUUAUACCUUUUGAUUCAUAGAUGACGUGCGAAAAUCUCCUUAGUGACAGCACCAAAACAAUUAAUAUUUCAAAACGACUUUCGCUAACAGGGCAUGAAACUAUUAACAGGCUGUACACGUACGCGAGUUAUUGUGCAAGCAAGGUUCUUGAAAAUGUAGUCUUUAGCGGGUAACAUGUGGUGAAUAAGGAGCAACCAUAAAAUGUUAUAAUAUAGCAAGCAAGAGACGUUUCUUUUGAAUUAGAUCAGUUUUAUUGAAAUAAAUAGAUACGUAUUAUAGUCUUACUCAUUUAUGUUGAAGAAAUUGUUACUCUCAAGUUGCAAACUGUGAACAAUUAUUAAUAAUUAAUCGUACUCGAUCGUCAUAGAUUACCCUUCCUACUACAGGUGUUAAUUUUUGCAAUAGAAAAAUACAUUCUUUCAAAAUAUGAAUAGUCUCAUUGUCAAAUACUGCGGCUUCAGCCAAAUCCAUCCACAGCUUCAAGAAAGCGGUAUACAGCACAACGCAAUGUGCUGCCAUCCGAGGAUGGAAUAAUUGAAGUAGACCUCGCGCAGUCUGUAUAAAUGAAAUAUUAUCAAAGGAUAGCUUGAGGUAGAACAUUUUCAAAAGCUUAAGUAUUCCUUACUCUUAAUGUAGCUCUUAUUGUUUUUAUAUGCGUGUAAUGUUGACAAUACUCGACAAUGAUUCUUGUCAGUCUCUUACACCACUUUGCACUUCCAAUCUUUGUUAAGAGGGGCAGAAGACUCAACAUGUAUGUUUCGCGCAAUUCCAAGUUUUGUUCACACUCCAUAUUGUUAAGUAAUGUUAACAAAACGUCAUCACGUUUACUCCACUGAUAAAUAAAAAUACACAGACAAUAAUA